GUGCGCGAUUAGCGUGACUGCUGUGUGAGGCGGUUGACAUUUCCGGCUUUUAUUCAGAAAGCUCGCUUUCUCGGAAAUUUGCAAUUUGCAAUUUGCAUUCUUCCAACUGGUAAGCAAGACAAAGAACAUAAUUGAAAGGCAGAAGAUGUCGCAGUCUCGAAAAUUUCAGAAAUUGCAUCUUUUUAACUGUGAUCGCACUUACAAACUAGACGCCGUUGAAGACUUGUUAAAUGCAACAAAAGCGAAGACCCGCUUCGUCCUCGUGGAGAAGCACUAUUUCUCUCUUGCAGAAAUGCCUGACAUGUCCACUAAAAUCAUUCCCAAACUACACAUGGAUUUGGCCUUUUUUGUCGUCCACGCACACGAAUCUCGGCUGUCGAUCAACGAAGACAACGCUGGAAUUGGUUACGCGAAGAUUUACAGAGCACUGCUUAAUGCUACAGGGGGGAAUGUCAUCAUCGUUAUCGGAGGUGAUGACAACUACACGAACGAAGACGAGGAAGAACGAUUAGUAAUUUCUCGGUGGGCGAAGAGGAAGAUAUCUUCGCAAUUCAGCGAAGAAUUUCUUGAUGGACGAAAAGGGUUCAUCUUUUCUUGGAACAAAAAGCACAGACCCAUUCACGAGGAAGCACUGAUGCAUUUCUUUGAAUCUACCAAGAAAGAAGUGAAGUUUGAACAUCAACCGACUCAACGAAAGCUUCCAACAAAGCCCACAACUCCGCCACCAAUGCGAUCUACAAAACUUGUCCAACCGUUCAAGUUACACAGUUCCUUGCCAGAAGGUAGUUUGAAAUGUUGGCGAGAAGAAUCCUUCGCUAUCUCAAGCACCGAAAGCCAUGCCACGAAAUACGACGUUCCUUCUAUCAGUGCCCGAGGAGAGGGACGUAAGGGCAUUUCUCAACCAGACAUCUGGAAAACUAAACCAAGAGACCUGGCAAUUCUUGACUGUGGUGUGUCAGAUGAGUCCAUGAAAGCUGCAAGACAAGUAUUUAAUAGCCUUCGUCCCAUUAUUGGUGUCUCCACUGAUACUGCAGUUGAAAACUGUUCACCCGCUUCUGCCAAGUCGUAUUUGCUGAGAAACGCCCUCAGGUUCUGUGUCUUAAUGGUUGAUGCCAAAACAGUCAAAGAUGUUUACGAAAGCUGGCCUCAGGGAAGAGGUGAAUACGAAGAUCUUCUGAGAACGGCAGCAGAUAACGUUGUCGAAAAAGUCAUUCUGGUGAUCUGCCGUGCUGGUUCUGCGCUUUCUUUGAAGGAUGAAGCGAUCUUUACUGAAAAGGUUGGAGGUAUCUUCCAGGACACUGGAAAAGGAAUUAUCGUGUGGAUGAAACACGGUAUGAUAAUGGUGGAAGCUGAUGUCUUGGCACAGAUGAUUAUGGCUUCAGGCCUAGGAUCGCCUUUCGAGAGAACAAGACCGCGGACGAGUUAUGAGGAUGAUUUCUCGCGACCCAGGUAUACCACUCAGUCUCCUGACCCUAAUGGAGCAGACAGACAAAAACAAACUGGAAGAAGUAACUCGAGAUUUCCACAGCAGGAAAGUUUUUAUGGUCCUGAGGCGCCCAUGAAAGUCCAAACGUUGCAGCAAUUGCAAGGCUUUGCACCGAGUAACGUAACUCUUCCACCUGCUGUCACAAGGUCUACCGCACACUUCAACUCCAAAGGAGAGCGUAUCUUGCUUAAGACUCGUCUUCACCACGGAAAGAUAUCUUAUGAGCCAAAAGAUAUUAACAUACUGUAUCCUGGAUUUAAAGUUCCAAGUCACAUUCAGAAAAGUCUCUUCGAGAAGCAUAUGCACACCUCUGAGGCUGUGGUAGAAAUAGUACAAGACCCGAAGAGUAACAAAGAACGAUGGUCCGUUGAUCCAAAAUCAAAAGGUUUGUUCAGCAAGAAAAGCAAAGAGGCCCAUCCACUAGGAUCUAGACAACACCAGACGUCGAUAUCCAACCCUACAAAUGAAACGGUGGUGUUGGAAACUCGAGUUCGUUAUGGAGAAGUAUCAAUGGCAAAAAAAGACGUUGAAUUACGUUAUCCUGACUGGCACAUUCCCCCAUACCUUGCCGAGAGCUUAAAACGCGAAUAUCAUGAGACACCAGACGCGAAACUCCUUGUUAUUUCUGACGUGGAACGAAACUUACGAUUCAUAGUAGAAACUGAUAUAAAGGAUAGAGCGAUGAAUUUCUUGGAGAAGACGAAAAAGAAGUUUACAGACUAAAUGGCCCGUGAACCGUCUAAAUGAAAUCUAGUGUUUGCUGUUUAUCUUCGGUUAAUGGCUUUACGGAGAAGAUACGAAAUAGCUACUACACUAACUAAUAGCUACUAAUGGCUCUGUCAAUUCCAAGCACCUCCUACCGGCAACAUUUCCUGCCCCAGGGUAGGGCAUUUGCUAUAACAGGUCAGUCCAGGGAUGGAGUAUUGUGCAAUUUCAUCUUUCAGUUUUUAAAAUAACUAUAUCAUUCGUUGUUUAUUUUUUAAUUUCCUGAUUGCCUUCAAUACGAAACGUUUAAAAACUGAAUUGAUAAACCACGUUGGAGUGCUGCACUCUUCAAGCGACGGCUAAGCUCUACUCUCACCCCUACAUGUGCAGAAAUUUGCGGAAAGAAAUCUUAGUAGCUUUGCAGGGCGCGCAAGACGCUCAAUUCGAAAGCGCUUGGGUGCCGGUGUUUAUUCAAAUACAAUGUUUAAGACAAAUCAGAUUCUGCAAAGGCACUUGCCGAUUGCAAGGCUGUGUUAUCAUUGGUAGUCACACGAAAAUAUGGGUAAAGUCCCAGACAAAAUUGAAUGCCAGUUGUUGCAUUAUUUAAUUUGUUUAUCUGGAAGGACAUUGCUUUCAAACACCAUGGUUACAGGUAUCAUCUAUUUGUGAACAAUUAUUGUUUCCUUCGUCCCUCAGAAUAAUAGAAUUUUCACCUUGUCCCACGGGUCGGGCAUUUAAAGUUUUCCCGAAGCUCAACUGUGGGGAUUUGCACAAAUAUUCUAGCCCCACCGCGUGGGGCAUUUGCAACUCUUUUUCCAAAAAACUUGCAAAUGCCCGACAAAUGCCCUGGGGGAGGUAACAGAGGGACUUGGUAUUGACAGAGCCAUAAGCUCUCAGGGCCUCGAUAGAGAAGAGAGAUAUGUGUAAAACUAUUAUGCUUCAUGGAGUUUUUUCACACACUAAAGGCCAAAGUUGUCGAAAUUAAAACUAAUUUUCAAAGCAAUCUUGGUAACUGGUAUUCGUUGCACAUGUAAGAAUGCAUGUUUUGGCGAUGGGUCAACUAGCAACAAACACUGAUUUUGGCCUAAAAGCUUAUAGCUACUUAUCGACAAUUGUCUUGCAGACUAGUAUAGCAAAAAAAAAAAAAA